GGCGGAGUGAACUAUUCAAACCAGUCUGUGGUACAGAUCGAGAAGUGGAACCAGUUUUUGAAAUGGCGCUGCGUGUCACAAGAAGCACUCGCCUGCCCAGCAGUGAGAACCAGAACCAGAACCCCGUUGGUGGAAAAGCUCUCAAUGCGAGUAAGCCUGUGCUGAGGCCCAGGGCCGCGCUGGGGGAAAUCGGCAAUGCGGUGCUCCCUCGGCAGCCUCUAAGAAAGAAGGAUGUGAAGGCUGCACCUGUGGUGAUUGAAGAGAAGAAGGUUCCUGAGCCGGUUCAACAGCCAAAGCAGGAGCCAAAGCAGUUGCCCAAAGUGGAAAAUGAGAUCUAUUCAGAGCCUUCCUCUCCUGUGCCCAUGGAAACAUCUGGCUGUGCUCCAGAUGAGCUGUGCCAGGCUUUCUCUGAUGUGCUUCUCAACAUCAAAGAUGUUGAUGCUGACGACUAUGACAAUCCCAUGCUCUGCAGUGAAUACGUAAAGGACAUCUACAAAUAUCUCCGGCAACUUGAGGCUGAUCAGGCUGUCAGGCCAAGGUAUCUGGAAGGAAGGGAAAUCACUGGGAACAUGCGUGCCAUCCUUAUCGAUUGGCUUGUCCAGGUCCAAAUAAAGUUUCGACUGCUGCAGGAGACCAUGUACAUGACAGUUGCGAUUAUCGACCGCUUUCUUCAGGAUCAUCCUGUUCCGAAAAAGCAGCUCCAGUUAGUCGGUGUAACUGCCAUGUUUAUUGCCUCCAAAUAUGAGGAAAUGUACCCUCCUGAGAUCGCAGACUUUGCCUUUGUGACGGACCGCGCCUACACCACUGCUCAGAUCCGUGAAAUGGAGAUGAACAUCCUGAGAGUUCUGAAUUUCAACUUUGGUAAACCUCUACUCCAGUUCCUCCGCAGGGCCUCGAAAAUCGGAGAGGUUACCGCAGAGCAGCACACUUUGGCGAAGUACUUUGUGGAGCUUACCAUGGUGGACUAUGACAUGGUCCACUUUGCUCCCUCUCAGGUUGCUAGUGCUGCCUUUGCCCUCAUGCUGAAAGUCUUCAAUUGUGGUGCAUGGACCCCCACACUGCAGUAUUACAUGGGCUAUACUGAGGACUGCCUGAUCCCUGUGAUGCAGCACAUUGCCAAAAAUGUGGUCAAAGUCAAUGAAGGACUCUCGAAGCACCUGGCGGUCAAGAACAAGUACUCCAGCCAGAAACAAAUGAGGAUUGCAUCCAUCUCGCAGCUCAAGUCUUCGAUGAUGAAGGAACUGGCCAAGCAAGUCUCUUAGUGAGAUUGGAACAGACUUUAGCACUGUGUGCUGAUUUUGUAAAAAUUGUAACUUAAUGGCAUGCUUUUACUUUUUAAAUUUUACUUUUUAAAUGUUUGGUUUUUUUUGGGAGGGGGUGGGCAUGUGUUAUGGUUGCAUUUGGCCAGGAUGCUUUAUUCUACACUGCCAAUGUCUUGGUAAUUGUAACCUGUUUGUGUGUUUAGAGAUGUGCAAUCUUGUACUUUUUUUUUUUUUUUUUUUUUUUAAUUUUACAAUAAACAUUUUAAUUGUUA